GCUUCGGUUUCGUGACCUUUGAGAGCGAAGAUGUUGUGGACAAAGUGUGUGAGAUUCACUUUCACGAAAUCAACAACAAGAUGGUGGAGUGCAAGAAGGCCCAGCCGAAGGAAGUAAUGCUGCCGACGAGUGUUGGUCGCGGACGAGGAGGCGGGCGCGGCGGCUACGAUCUAGUUUGGUCGCUGGGAGCUCUCCCUGAUGGUAUCCAGGCAGCCGCUUACGCCGCCUAUGCAGGUCGUGGUUAUGCCAGUUACCCGAGCUUUGGGUUUCCUUAUCCAGCAGGCCUGACUGCAGCCAUACCCAUCAGAAAUGAGACUCAAAGCUCCACCAAAGGUCUAACCUCCAAUUCGGUUGCCCCAAUUCGCGCCGUCCAUGUAUUGGCACCUGGCUUCCCGGCCGGUUGUGGAUACUUCCCCUCAGCCACGGGCGCCUCCAUCACGGGCGUCUCUCCACAAACACCCACGCCCGCAGACGGCUUCAAGGCAGCGGCUUACUACGAGUCCGGAGCGGUAGCCACGCCCACCCUCACGCCCACGGCACCCAUCACGCCAACACUGACGGGAGAUGUGACAGAGGAUAUGUUACAUUACCACCUGCAGGCUGAACGUUUGGCAGCAGCUGGCACCUACUACGACUCGGGUGCCCUCGCUGCAGUCACCAUGAGCGGCUCCGGAGGUGACCAGAGGGCGCAGCAAUCCAUCCAGGUGACUGCGGCGGCCCCCGGCGCUCCGCACACAAGGGCCGACCACAUCAAUUCCUCCCCGAUGCUUAGAACCACAGGUGAGGCCGCGGACCGCAGGCGAGGGCGCUGUUGGUGGGCAGAGAUGGCGCUCCUGUUAAUCGUUUGA